CCUGACCUUAUUUGGACGGGACCGUUGGAUUUUAGAGCAGUCUAUAUUAGUUUGUUGCUUUCGUCAGCUCUUCAUCAGUGUGCCUGCUUCCCGAUCCCUCGUGCAAUUUGACCGAACCGAUUCUCUGAGUCAAGGUUAUUAUUCUUCUCGCGUAACCUCGCGAUGAAGAUAACGUCAAUUCUGAUUCUCAAGGAUGUGGAAGGUUCGGAGCCGGUCUUGCUAGCGAGUGCCACGGACCUCAGCAGCUUCGGCUACUUCCAACGAGGCACGGUGAAGGAGAUGAUCUGGUUCGUUUCGCGAACCAUCGCAAGACGAACACCUCCUGGCCGGCGACAGAGCGUCGAGCACGAAGAGUACCUGGUGCACUGUUACAACCGUAACAACCUCGUCGGCAUGGUGUUCGCCAACGCGGCAUAUCCAACGCGCAGUGCCUUUUCGGUGAUCAACAAGGUGCUUGACGACUACGUGGCAGCAAAGGGCGACUCGUGGAUGCAGGCCACAGUGGACGACAGGGAGCAGCACGCCUUUCUGGAAGAAGCCAUUGCCAAGUUCCAGGAUCCAGUGGAGGCGGACAAGCUGAUGAAGAUUCAAAAGGAGCUCGAUGAAACCAAGUUCAUUCUGCACAAGACGAUAGACAGUGUGUUGGAGAGGGGCGAGAAGCUGGACACUCUGGUGGAGAAAAGCAACGACCUCAGCAUGGCCUCGCAGCUCUUUUAUCAGCAAGCCAAGAAGAACAACCAGUGCUGCAAGUUGGUGUAAAAAGAGAGUGUUUUUGCAACACUGUACCCUCCCUCGGAGAAAAACAUCAGAGCCAUUCUUUCCAGAGUACCAGUAUGGUAUCAGUUUGCUGUACAAUGCUGGUUAAAAAAUCUAUUGAUAUGCAUGUAGCCGUUAGUAGUACCAUCUAGUUCAAUCUGCUGGUGUGUGGGUGCAUUGACCAAUGCUGGAGUGGAGUUGAGUUUAUGAGUAAGGGAGUCUGUGUGCAGGC